CAGAACGAUAGAACGUCUUGGAACACUACGAAUUUGCCCAUAUCUAUAACACAUACGCUUUAAUUUCGAAUUGCAUCUAAUACCUCAACUAUACGAACCGCCGUCUCUAUUGCCACCAACUCCAGUCAUGGCUCCAGCGAGAGCCCAGAAGGUGCCAGUAAUCCCCCUCGCAGCCGACACCGUCCUACUCCCUGGCAACGGCCUCCGGAUUCCAUUCGCCGCAUCUCGACCCGAUAUACCAGCUUUGCUGUCGCAAGUCUAUACACGGGCUUCGGGGAAACCGGCCUCGCAGCGCUACCAUAAUGCACACGUCAUCUGCGUACCGAUGAACUCGCCACUGCUCAGCAGCAACGGCCAGAAGCUGCUCACGGAGAAUGAAUUGAAGGAUAAGGAUGGCAAAGCGAGCAAAUACAAAAUUCCGGAUCCAGCAAAUGCGGGGAAGGAUGAUCUAUUUACCUGGGGCACCGCAGCGAAGAUCUCGGGUGUCGAGGGAAGGGGAACAGGGGAGUUUUCCUUGAUUGUAGAAGGCGUGAGCAGGGUGAGGGUGCUCAGGGUUACCCAGGAACGGCCGUUUUUUGAGGCAGAAGUUCAGUAUGAGACUGAUGUCGCGCCAUCGCCAAAGGAUACGGAAGUUCAAGCCAUGUUCGGAACAUUGAAAACCCUUUCAAGAGAACUAUUAGCACUGCUGCGACUCACAUCUCUCCUUCCGCGACUAUCAGGGCAAUCAAGCCUCACGCCUAUGCUAGCACGACGGAUAGAAACGUUUAUUGCGAAGAAGGAUAUAUCAGAAGCUGGGUCACUUGCAGACUUUGUCUCGAAUCUCGUGGAGGCAACUCUUGAGGAGAAGUUACAGAUUUUAGCCGCGAUUGACGUUAGGACACGUCUUGAGAGGGCCAUAGAGCUGCUGAACAAGCAGGUUGCGGCUAUUAAGGGAAACAUCAAAAUUACGUCAAUGACCCCGUCCACUGUACCUAUGAACGGAGAAAUCGAUCUUCUAAACAAACAGAAGUACCUGCCACGACUGAACCGGAUCGCUCCUAUGCCAGGAAUUCCGGGGUCAGGGCAAGGCCCGCCACAGGACGACCAAGAGCCGAACGAGGUCGACGAGCUAGAGCAGAAAAUCGAGGCGGCACGUCUUACACCGGAGGCCGCAAAGGUUGCCGGCCGAGAAUUGAAGAGGCUAAAGAAAAUGCCACAGCAACAGGCAGAGUAUAAUGUCAUAAGGACCUACCUCGAGAACCUGGCUGAAAUCCCUUGGUCUGUGGUGACGGAGGAUAAGCUAGGUGCUGACACACUGAAGCGAGCGCGGAAGCAGCUGGACGAUGACCAUUAUGGACUCGAUAAAGUGAAGAAGCGCCUGCUUGAAUACCUUGCAGUUCUAAGGCUCAAGCAAUCAAUCAAUGAUGGCGUAGAAGCGCAGAUCAAGACUGCUGAGGCCGAGGCCACCGAACUGGCAAAAUCGACUGAGAAGCCAGAUGAUGCUGCCGAUGCCGAGCCAAAGAAGGACGCUCCAGCUGUUGACAGCGCAAAAAUUCAGAUCCUGAAGAGCAAGAGGAUGAUCGACAAAUCACCCAUCCUACUUCUCGCUGGCCCGCCAGGUGUCGGCAAAACCUCGCUCGCCAAGUCAAUUGCAACUGCGCUCGGAAGGAAAUUCCAUCGCAUUUCGCUCGGUGGCGUUAGAGAUGAAGCUGAGAUCCGCGGACACAGGCGCACAUAUGUCGCAUCGAUGCCCGGGCUGAUCGUUAGCGGCUUGAAGAAAGUGGGUGUUGCGAACCCGGUCAUCCUCCUCGACGAGAUCGACAAAGUCGGCACGUCCAACUUCCACGGCGAUCCCAGCGCUGCCAUGCUCGAGGUCCUCGACCCAGAGCAGAACCACUCCUUCACUGACCACUACGUAAACAUCCCCAUCGACCUUUCCAAAGUCCUCUUCAUCGCCACCGCGAACGACCUCUCCACCAUCCCUGCUCCCCUCCUGGACCGUAUGGAGACCAUCCAGCUGCCUGGCUACACCACUCUGGAGAAGCGUCACAUUGCCUCUCAGCACCUCAUCCCUAAACAAAUCCGCACCAACGGGCUUGAUCUCACCAACGUAAUCUUCCCCGACGAAGUCACCAGCAAGAUCAUCGAGUCCUACACCCGCGAAGCCGGCGUCCGCAACCUCGAGCGCGAGCUCGGCGCCGUCUGCCGCGCAAAAGCCGUCGCAUACUCCGACGCCCUCGACUCCUCGGCCCUCACAUCCUACGAACCCGUCCUCACCCUCGCAGAAAUCGAAGAGAUCCUCGGCACCGAGAAAUUCGACGAGGAACUCGCCGAGACAUUCGCUCGCCCCGGAAUCGUCACCGGUCUCGUCGCCUACGCCUCCGGCGGCAACGGCUCCAUCCUUUUUAUCGAGGUCGCCGACAUGCCUGGCUCUGGCUCGGUCCAGCUCACCGGUACCCUCGGCGCCGUGCUCAAGGAGUCUGUCGAGGUCGCGCUGUCGUGGGUGAAGGCACAUGCUGCGGACCUCGGGCUCGCCCAACCGGGAGAGAAUAUCAUGAAGUCCCGUAGCAUCCACGUCCACUGUCCUGGUGGUGCGGUGCCUAAGGAUGGCCCCAGCGCAGGCAUGGCUCAUGCGGUGGCGUUGGUGAGCUUGUUCUCGGAUCGCGCGGUGCCGCCGAGCGUGGCGAUGACGGGAGAGCUGUCACUCAGGGGGCGUGUGCACCCUGUCGGCGGGAUCAAGGAGAAGCUGAUCGGCGCGCUCCGGGCGGGUGUCAAGAAAGUGAUACUGCCGGAGGGGAACAGGAAGGAUGCGAGGGACCUACCGGACGAGGUGAAGCAAGGACUAGAGAUUGUGCAUGUUAGGCAUAUUUGGGAGACUAUUCGUCUCAUCUGGCCGGAGACCGAAUGGCGCGGCCUUGCGGAGUUUGCGCACGUCGAGGCGAGGAUCUAGAUGUUUGGAAAUCCCAUUACCAUCCUGUCGCCUUGGAGUAAGCACCACGAUUUGGAUUAGAUCUAGCGAAGACGGGUUGGUCCAUAGCGUUGAUACUAUAUUGUAAAUACACGUAGCACAUAUAAUCUACCCUCUCCCCA